UCCCGGCGCCGCCAUUGGCUGCGUCUCGUCACCAGCCCCCCCAUCCCAGUCCAUACGUCACCGCGGCUGUAGCGGUGAGCUCCGCAGAGCCGCACAGACACAGAGGAGGAAGCCGCACAGCGCUGAGACCAGCCCGGACAGCACAGGACAAGACGGGGAGAGGCGGCGGUCCCACAGUGGCCCUCAUCCGUCAGUGCUAUGGCACACACCGCGGCGCUCCGCGUGAACCAGGCCCUCAUGCGGGACUACCUGAGACCGAUACCCGCGCACCUGGCGCCGCAGACCGGUGUGAGACACUGCGGUAGAGCCUGACGCUGCAUCAGCUGCUCUCCUCCAGCAAGCCGAGGAGGAGGAGGAGGAAGGAGGAGGAGGAGGAGGAGGAGGAUGAGAAACAUCUAGUGAUGAGAAGUGUUUCUCCAGCAGACAACUCCGACAAGGACCUCAGCAUCCUCGUCUCUUAAACCAGGACCAUGUCUGCCAUGUGUGUGUCGGUGGUGCUCUUAUAUACAGUGUUGAUUGACAUCUCAGCCCGGGUUUUGACCACAACAAGCCAAGCUGACCAGCUCGUCCUAUCUCCCCGCCACUACCAGCAUACCGACCCCAGCUCAGGCACCCAGCUGGUCUGCGACAAGUGCCCGGCUGGCACCUAUGUGUCCUUACAUUGCUCCCCCACAGCUGUGAGGGAGUGCAGCCCGUGUCCUGGGGGCACCUUCACACGGGGCGAGAAUGGAGUCCAGCAAUGCCAUCGCUGUCGGGCUCCGUGCCCUACGGGCUUUGUUGAGAAAGCCAGCUGCACGGCCACCCAGGACCGUAUAUGCAUUUGUCCACCCAACAGCUACUUGUCGGUGGAUAGUGCACAGUGUAAACCCCACUCACUGUGCCCUGUGGGGACAAGGGUAAAAAAACGAGGCAGCGCAACAGAGAAUGUGGUCUGUAAACCAUGUACCAAGGGGACUUUUUCAGAUGUGCGUUCAAGUUUGGUGAAGUGCCGAACCCACACAGACUGCCAAGCCCAGGGGCUGGUGCUGCUCACCCCAGGGACUAGAGAGACAGAUAAUGUUUGUGGACCCUCCUCUUUAUCUUCGUCUGUUUCGACAACCACCUCACCUGGGCCUUCACAGGAUGUGCUUGAACGCCAAACUUCUUCAUUAACGUCACUGAAUGGACCUGCACAUGAAGGUAUCUACAGCCAGUCAGCACCCAUGCCACUGAGGGAAAGCCCGGGAUGGGAAAGCCACCGUACAGAGGGGCUUAGUCACCCCGGCACUCCCAUCCCACAAAACCGGGGUCCCCCAAGGACUCUACCACCCCCAGCUGGAAAGCAACCAAUGAAUAGUGAGCACCAGAGGGGGCAACCCAAUUCGGACUCUGUGCCAGGGCCCAACAAGCAGGCAAUGGAGGGUCUUGAGGUUGCUGAGGUAGUCCAAGUUGGGACAGGUACCAGCAAGGUUGCGGAGCAGGGGAGUGAAGUUGGUGGAGGUGGUAUCUCCAGCUACUACAGGCCCACACGUAGGGGGUCCCCAAGGCCAAGUACUCAUAAUCACUUUGACAUCAAUGAACACCUGCCCUGGAUGAUUGUGCUGCUCCUGCUGCUGGUUUUGGUUGUAAUUGUGGUGUGUAGCGUGAAGCGGAGCUCUCGGGUGCUGAAGAAGGGCCCAGUGCAGGAUCCCAGUAGCAUCAUUGAGAAGGCGAUUCAGAAGAAACCAUCUCAGCCUCCAAUGCAGGUCAAAGAGAAGUGGAUCUACUACUCCAACGGCCAGGGGGUGGAUAUCCUGAAGCUGGUGGCGGCCCACGUGGGUACCCAUUGGAUCGACAUCUAUCAGUCGCUGGCUAACGCCACGGAGCGUGAGGUGGCAGCCUUCUCCAAUGGCUACUCAUCGGAUCACGAGAGGGCUUACGCAGCGCUGCAGCACUGGACCAUCCGGGACAGCGACGCCAACUUGGCCAAGCUGAUCAAUGCCCUGCACCGACAGCGGCGCAUCGAUGUAGUUGAGAAAAUCCGCUGUGUCAUGGAGGACAACCCACAGUUUGACAUCAACCAGCUGAUGACCUCGGUGAAUGUAACCCAAAGCCUCAGUCCCGUCCACAAGGUGCUGGAUUCUCCCAGCAGCGUUGGAGGCGGCAGCAACCGCAGCGGUGGCAGCGGCAGCAGUGGUAGCAUGGGUGUGGAGCAGUCGCCGGUGGACCGCACCAAAGGCUUCUUCCCAGACGAAUCGGAGCCUCUGCUGCGCUGUGACUCCACCUCCAGCAAAGACUCCGCCCUCAGCAGAAACGGAUCCUUUAUUACCAAAGAGAAGAAAGACACUGUGCUCCGGCAGGUGCGUCUGGACCCAUGCGACCUACAGCCCAUCUUUGACGACAUGCUGCACAUCCUGAACCCAGAGGAGCUGCACGUGAUCGAGGAGAUCCCGGACGCCGAGGACAAGCUGGAUCGCCUUUUUGAGAUUGCCGGAGUCAAGAGCCAGGAGGCCAGCCAGACGCUGCUGGACUCGGUCUACAGCCACCUCCCAGACCUGUUAUAGUGGAGGAAUGGAAGAAGGAAGCACACAGAUGUGAAUCAGUGCAGGAUUAAUUUCCGUGCAGGGGGAUGAGUCAGAUGUGGUGUUGUUCAGAUCAGUUGUUUGAUCUGACAGAGUCGGACUCGCCGCGUCAUUCUGUCGCAUGAUCUGUCCCUAUUUACCUUCCAGUGUCCCUCCUCUGUUGUCUUGUUCGUACACAAUAUUAUUCCUCCAAAACACCGCCACUGUGAUACAGGGUCAAUAAUCAAGGUGUGUUUUUUGGACACUUUUCUGAAGUAUGUCCAGCCUUGUUUAAGGUGGUAUUACACAAGUAUUCUGACCUUAAUAGAGUUUCAAGAGCCUCUGAAUUUAGGAAAAGCUUGGUUUAAAAGGAGCUGAACAUAUAUUGACUCCAUUGAUACUAUUCUUAAAAAGCACUUUCUGAAUCUUAAUUGGCCAAUGCCUUCAUAUUUAAAGAUUAACAUCAUUGUGUUUUUGUUGGUUGUGCCAAUCCUUCAAUCAGGCUUCUCUUGCCUUUAACACAGAUUUAAAUAGCAUGACAGUCAUCAUCACAGUAAGUGAUGGCAAGGAAUAUGCUCACACAGACAAUAGUAGAUAAGCUACAACUCUAAAUGACACUGGUAUUACUCUUUGGUUUCAAAGGGUAUUUAAGGUUCUCAUAAUACACAUUCACAGAUAUUUUGUCGAGGUGUGAACUGAUCAACAAAUCAUGUGCCUGAGCUUGUUGCUGUCCCCCACCUCAUCCCUCCUGCUCUGCCUGUACCUCGAACAGAUCUUCUGUGGAUAUGCCUGGCGUCCACACCUACUACGCUAAAACUGAGAAGUUUGGAAAUGCUGCUGGUCCAGUUGAAAAUUCUGGGGCAAAUUCUGGGGUUCUUUUCAGUCACGAUGUAGUCCUCACCGAUUCGUCAGGCUCGUAUCGCAUGACCCUCUUUCAGAAUAAAACCACCGACAUUAGCUUCGGAUACCAGUGUAGAACGCAACAUGGAUAUUCAUUAAAAGUUCCACUUCAUCAUCAGUCCAUGAAAAGAAACCCCUGCUCUUACUUUUCACCAUUGUUGCUUAUUGUUUAUAACGUAGCUCUUUCUGCCACUAACAACCAAAUGCUUCCUGUUUACACCGGUACACACAUGCCCAGUGUACAUGAGUCGUCACGUGAUACAUGCAUUUUCAGGUGUGUUAGUGUGGACGGGGAUUCAAACUGAUACGGAGCCUGAGUGCUUGUGUGGACACAGAUCGUUUUAGUUUGAAAACCAUGUUUUAAACGAAAACGUUUUUUACAGUUUGGACGUAGCCUUAGCUGAUAACCACUCUGCUUGACCAACAGGUAGCAGCGUUUAAGAUUAGAGAGCUGACCUACAGCUCUGGAACCAAAGACAUAUAUCAAAAACAUCAUAUGACAUAAAUGUCAGAUUAAUUCAGUAUUUCAAUACUGGAGUGAUAUUUACGUUAUUUAAUAUUGUGAUAUAUGGCUUUGCCCUGAACUCUUUGCUUUUGGACAAAAAGGCUACAAAACAUGCCUGUUUCUAUGGAAACCACAGCUCUAUGUCUAAACCCUCUUAGAUAUGUUGCUUUGGAAGCUUCAACGCUGUCACAAUCAUGGACAGUAUUCAGUGAAUCCAGAUGGUUGAGUGAUCAAAGGAAAAACCAACAUGAAGUGUCUUAGUGAGGUGUUUGUCUCUGGACUCUACUGGAGGGAUGAUCACCAUCCUUCUAAAUUGAAUCCGUCAGUGAUGAUGGUGGUGGAGAGCGCUGUCUAACAUAGGUGUUUGCCUGUGAUCCAGUUUCUCCACUUAAUCUCCAGGUCUUUCCCUUAAUUCUUCAGCCAUCUGUACUUCCACCAGUACGCACAUUCACGCCUGUGCUCGCCAUCCCUGUACACCUCAACAAACGUAGCGUUGAUGAAGUGUUCUUGAUCCAUUUCGGGGCUUCACGUCAGCGUGGCUCUGGAUCAGAUGCGCGUGUCUGAGUGUUACAGUGCUAUAGCAAGUUGUAUGUUGCUACAUGCUCUAUGUAGUUCAAAUGUAAUGAUGACACACUAACUGUAUUUUCUAUUGGAGACAUGUAUUUUCUGUGUCCUUCAUUUUCUCUUUCUUUAGUUCUGAAAUGCUGUUAACUAACUUUUCUGUUGUAACCUUUUUUUUUUUUUACAUUUAUUUUGAUUCAUUAUGUUAUUUGUUAGCGUUUUUGACUUGUACGUCAGGUUUUCGCGGGCAUUCAGAUGUUUUUCACCCUGCUUUGCAUUACGAGACAACCUGGCUGGGAUGUAAUGCAUACUCCAUACUCUACUUGAAGUCUACUCGUGGUACUUGAUUUAAACGAGGAGGAAGUGAUGCAUCCUUCACUUCCUUCCAUGUUCGCCAUUCUUAAAGUAACGGUACAACUGAAAAGCUCCACCAAAAAGAAAAAGAACUUAUCAAGGUUUUUACAGGCGCCACGACGAGAGCAGCGAAUUGAUACGACUGUUUUCACUAAGCCAGUAGCAAUCCAAAAUACCGUGGUGCUCGACGUGAACUCUCACCGGUUAGCCUGACAACGGGGGGGAGUCAACCCCGGACUCACGACUAUUUAAAGUAUUCCAGACUGAAUGAGGAAGAGUGAAGGCUGUGCUGCUGUGGACGACGAUGGUGACGAUGAAGAUGAGGAUGUGUGAGCUUGCUCUCUCCACUGCGCUGUGGUGCAGUGUGAGCUUUUUGUUUUCUAAGGAGGUCUGAGAGGAUGAGGGUGAUGAUGUGAGAUGGAGUGGAUGAUUGCAUUAAAAUUUCACAUGUAUAACCAGUAUGUUUACUACUAUGUAACCUCUUAAAAUCAAACUAUUAAAACUCAAAAAACAUUUGUUAUAA